UUUAGCCUGUCGUUUUUGUACCUACAAAAAAUCCCAGAUUUAAGAUAGGACGAUAACGAUUCACAACAAAAGCAUGUUGAAGACAACAAUGACAAAAUUAGUUGACGAAUAAAAACUAGACGAAAAUAAGUGACAGAGAAGAAAUCCAAUCAUAUUUAAUUUCGUCUUUAAGUGGGUGGGACAAGUUAGAAAUCUAGCCAAUCACAAGCGGGAAACAAGACUGUAUUGUAGGGAUAGCCGUUAAUGACAGCGACAACACGGUUAGUAUUUUCAAUUUAAUUGAUCUAAAAACCGAUAACUGCACUUUUGUAAACUCACGAGCCACGGCAGCCUUACUGGUGCCAGCUGGCUCGAUUUAAAUGCUAACAUGAAAACACGAGGCAUUAACGUCUUUCCCCGUUAAAUACUGUGGAGAAUGCAUAUAUGUUUAAGAGUUCUUUCUUUAUUCAUAGUCAUGUUUAGAGUAUCUAGUGUUUUUCCAUUUGUACUCUUUCUGUGUUUGUAUCUUAUGUCCGCAAGUAAACUGUGUGCUUUACCUUGAAAGUCGAAGGAAUGUGGGAGUUGGAGUACUCCCUUUUUGUGUCUUAUCUGUAUUAGAACAAUGAGGCUGUAUUUCUUUCUGGACAGGGUGGGGGCUGUUUUCGUAUUCAAGAAGUUGUCUCUUCCGUUUGAAUGUUAGACCAAUUCGAGAAGCCGGUAUGAAUGUAUUGGUGUGGGCUGGUUUCCUUAAGCUUUAGUAAAACUUGAUAAUAUUUCUAUUCUGUCUUGAUGGUCCUUCUUACUCUGCAUAUAUGUCAUCUAAAGAACUUGGGAUUGACAAGUGGCUUUAAUUCCCUGGGAGGGAAGGCUGGUCAGACGCAACAAAACAUACCCCAAUCAGAACUUAUAUUACACAUUACUGUCUGAGCAACUAAGCCAGUGGUUCUUAACCUUGUUGGAGGUACCGAACCCCACCAGUUCCAUAUGCGCAUUCACCGAACCCUUCUUUAGGGAAAAAUUAAAAUAUAUAUUUUUUUCAAAUUCAAGACAAAGUUAUAUGUUUUUGCUAACACUUUAGUAUGGGGAACAUAUUCUAAGUAACACAGACUAAAUUUAGAGUUAUGUGGACACUAGGGGAACAUAUUCUAAGUAACAAAGACUACAUUUGGAGUUAUUUGGACACUAGGGGAACAUAUUCUAAGUAACAAAGACUACAUUUGGAGUUAUUUGGACACUAGGGGAACUUAUUCUAAGUAACAAAGACUAAAUUUUGAGUUAUUUGGACACUCGGGGAACAUAUUCUAAGUAACAAAGACUAAAUUAUGAGUUAUUUGGACACUCGGGAAACAUAUUCUAAGUAACAAAGACUUAAUUUAGAGUUAUUUGGACACUCGGGGAACAUAUUCUAAGUAACAAAGACUAAAUUAUGAGUUAUUUGGACACUCGGGAAACAUAUUCUAACUAACAAAGACUUAAUUUAGAGUUAUUUGGACACUCGGGGAACAUAUUCUAAGUAACAAAGACUUAAUUUAGAGUUAUUUGGACACUCGGGAAACAUAUUCUAAGUAACAAAGACUAAAUUUAGAGUUAUUUGGACAAUCGGGAAACAUUCUAAGAAACAAAUACUUAAUUUAGAGUUACAGUAUUUGGACACUAGGAGAACAUAUUCUAAGUAACAAAGACUUAAUUUAGAGUUAUUUGGACACUAGGGGAACAUAUUCUAAGUAAUAAAGACUUAAUUUAGAGUUAUUUGGUUAGGGUUAGGGUCAGGGUCAUGCCGAAUAAGGCAUUAAUAAGUACUUAAUGACUAGUUAAGAGCCAAUAUGUUACUAAUUUGCAUGUUAAUAAGCAACUAAUUAAUGGUGAAUAUGUUCCCCAUACUAAAGUGUUACCAUGUUUUUUUACUGGUGCACAAAAUGAACCGUGCAUGAACAUCACCUUGUUCAAACAACAAAACCAACACAGUGCAUAAACUCACAACAAAUUACACACCUGCAAAUCAGUCUGACUUCUGCUGUUGCCGUAUCCGUAAUACGCCGAUAGGGAGAAGUUUUUAUUUUGACCUCCGCCGAACCCCAGAGGCCGACUCACCGAACCCCUAGGGUUCAAUCGAACCCAGGUUAAGAACCACUGAACUAAGCUAUUCAGUUGUGCACAUUGAAACCUACAAGCUGUGCUCUCUUAGCAAGGAUUUGUGAGGAUCCAACUUUUCUGUACUUAAAUAUAUUGUCUUUGAAGUCUAUUCCAAGUUGGAAAGGAUUAGCAAAUCAUUGUAUUCUGUUUUUAUUUACCAUUUACACAACGUGCCAACUUCACUGGUUUUGGGUUUUGUAGUCGACUAAAAUGUGACUAAAACUAAAAUACAUAUCAAGUUUGUAGUCCGUGGUCGUGGCGUUACGAUGAAGUCUGGAAAGAAAAUUGAUGAAAACGUUUUGAAAGUUAGUUUUCCAUGUUUGUGCGGUUGUAGCGAGGAGCAGGUGUCAGCUGAUGUCAUCCACCUCCUGGGCGGAGCGGGAUGACAUAAUUCAACCUGGGCGUCAUCAGUGGACAAUGAUGCCACUCGUGCACCUUGAUGACAUCACCCAACUUUGAUGAUUCGGGCGAGAAACAAGGGCAACUUUUUCCAUGGUGGUCUUACAAAGAAUUGUUGAGAGGACUGACAGCUUUUCUGUGUUCAUGUCAGCAGCUGGAGCACAUGUUGGCUGACUGGACAUGUCUGCACCCGCCUGACCGCCUCACGCCUGGCCACAGAUGACCCAGUCUGCCUUCUCUCCAUAUACUUCAGGGUGUUCGUCCCAAACGGAAACCCACGGUCUGGCUGAGAUGGAAGGUUCCAUCGUGAAGAGCAACACAAGUUUCUACCACAUCCAGAAACUUUUGGAUCGAGGAACCAGCAGCCACGUCUUCAGAUGUAGCAACUUGGGGACGGCAAAGAACAUGGCCCUGAAAGUCCACAAAAACUACGCCUUAUUUGAAAAUGAGAUCGACAUGCAGGAGAUCGUGAGCGUGCUGGACCCGGAAAAGAAGAGCAUCGUGGAGUUUAUCGAGACGUUUACCUUCAAUGGACACCCUUGUCUGGUCUUUGAGCUGCUGGACACCAGCUUGUUCAGCAUGGUCUACGACAAACGCUGGAAGACCUUCUCGCCCAACGACAUCCGACCCGUUGCCCAGCAGCUGCUGACGGCCUUUGAUGCUCUUAAGAGCAUCGGCGUGAUCCACACAGACCUGAAGUCGGACAACAUCAUGCUGGUCAACCAUGCAAUUCAGCCCUUCAGGGUCAAGCUCAUCGACUUCGGCUUGUCCAUCACCACUUCGGAAGCGCCGCUCAGUUACGGCGUGGCCCUGCAGCCCAUGGGCAACAGGUCUGUAGAACAGAUCCCCUUUUUGUUACCUCCAGUCAUCAAGUCACAUGACUCUGCUGUCAACAGGGCACCCGAAGUCGCUCUGGGUCUUCCCUUCGCCGAAGCCAUCGACAUGUGGUCUCUGGGCUGCGUCCUGUCCUUCUUGUACCUCGGCAACUACCUCUUCUUGGCUAACUCCAACUACAACAUGCUGCGCAGCAUGGUCGAGGUCGUAGGACGUAUUCCUGACCAUCUCCUUAGCGCCAGCAAAAACACUCACAAAUAUUUCAAGAGGAGCAACAGAGACAUUGACGGCGAUCACCCGAAGUGGCGACUGAUGACGGAGAAGGAGUACCACGACAAAACUGGCGUCCGUCCUGAUGCAUUGCCGUGGUCUUUCAAAUGUUUGGACGACCUGGUCAAACUUAACCCACAGGUGAACGAGCCCGUUGAGUUGGAGGACCGUAAGGCCUUUGUGGACCUCCUCACGUGUCUUCUCCAUAUGGACCCUGAGCGGAGGAUCACCCCUGAGGAGGCUCUUAAGCACCCCUUCCUGACCAUGAGCCACCUGAGUGAGCACCGGAACAGCAGCUUAUAUGUGGCGGACAGCUUUGACAAGAUGAAAUUCUGCCCAGCCAAUUACUUCCACAAGGACCCCACUGACCCUAAACCUGACGUGGGUCUUAUCACCAACCCAAAGAACUGGCGGCAAAAGUUCUGUCAACUUUUCAGGACUAAAAAAAGGACAGAUGAACCUGUUCCGCAUGUCAAGCUGAAGACCUGGUUGCAGAACCUUUGUCAGACCAACAGCAGACCUGAUCCGCCGACACAAGGUCUCGGUUCCCCGGGUCUAUGUCCACGGCAGCAGUCCAAAAAAAACUGGUGCAAAACAAUCCGGCACUUCUUUCGAAGGAACCAGAUCGGUCCAGAACUGGAACACCAAAGCCACAUCAAACCAGACCACAACAACAAGUCACCACAAGUUAAAAAGGACGAGUCAUCAAAUGUUAAAAAGGACGAGUCACAGAGAGAUAAAAAGGACGAGUCGGCAGCAGCAAAAAAAAGAGCCAAAGUUGACUUGAAGACAACUCGGAUGGCGACUAAAAGGCGCAGGGACAUGACCUUUGACAUGAACUACCUCAACUACCUGCGCUCUGAUGUCAACCAGAAACCCAGAAAGUCCGACACUUUGGAGAACCUCUGACCUCAGCUACCUCUCAGAUGAGAUCACCUUGACCUCGGCUACCUCAUGAUUUGCACAAGCGACCGACGGAACGCUCUAGACUGUUCUGUUGCAGGACUUGUUUCUCAAGGAGCACUUUAUUGGACCAAAGCAAGUUUACCUCAAAGCACAGGUUCAAGAAUACACAAUGGGUAUAGAACCAGUCUAGCACCUUUAAAACCAAUGUUGUACCAGUUUAGAACCUACACAGUAUAUUAUUAUUAUAUAAUUAUAAUUAGGUGCGGCUAGGUUGGGUCUACAUGGACUCUUAUCUUGGUUCUAAUUGCCGGUUUUAAUGACGCAGAAAGUUGUAGUCCCUCCAGGUGAUGCGACUGGUGUCUGUUGACAGACCUAAGAGCACCGUGGUUGGGCUUCCUACAAGAACCCAACAGAACUUUGGUGUUGAAUAAAUUACAGCUCAUCUUCCUCGCCAACAUAGUUAAAAUAAAUAUUCAUGACCUA